CGUCCGUGGGGCUCGCUGCGGGGUGGCUGUAGGGCUGGCCGUGGGCCCCAUGUAUCCCUGCCGCUCCCCGUCCCCACAGGCCUCCGUGCCGGGCUCACCGCCUCACACCAGCGGAUGACGAACUCUACCAGCGGACACGGGUGACGGUGCUGGAGCCGGAGUCCCCCAACACCAUGUUCAUCGAGGGCUACAGCAGCCGCGGCUUCACCAUCAGCGGGGACCUGGUGGUGGGACCCUGCGCUGUCCUGCCCCGCACCAUCCUCCAGUGGAACGUUGGCUCCUACAGGGACAUCUCGCAUGAGAGUCUGUCGCUGUUCCGGCUGCUGGAGCCCCAAAUAGAGAUCCUGGUGCUGGGCACAGGAGACAGGGUGGAGCGGCUCCACCCUGCCAUGCUGAAGCACAUGCGGGAGAGCGGGAUUGCUGUGGAAGUGCAGGACACGCCAAACGCAUGUGCAACCUUCAACUUCCUAACCAGUGAAAAGCGCGUGGCAGCUGCUGGGCUCAUCCCUCCACGGGGCACCUACAAGGGGAUGUAGGUGCUGCCUGCCACGGCCGCAAGCUGAGCAGCUUUUCCCUUGCCUGCCUGAAGCUCCCGAGCGUCAUCGCUCCCGGUGGAGAAAUGCUUUGGACUAAACUGUUGGAGCUGCUGGCUGGGUAGUGACUCUGCACACAGGAAGGUGCUGUGAAAUGCGUGGGCUCUGCUCUGCCCCGAAGUCCCUGGCUUCUUGGCCUCCUUGCCCAGUCUGGGCUGGGGGCUGCAGGGCAUGGCACGAGGCAUGAGCAUUGCUGGCAGCACCUCACCCACAGCCCUGCUUUUCUGCCGAGGUGGUGCCGGGUGCCUUGGCAGCAAGAAGCCAUUGUCCCAAGGCAGGGUAGAGGCUGGUGGGGUGAGCUGCACACCCCCGGGCACGUUUGGGGCUCCACAAGGGAAAUACAUGUAAAUUGGAAGUACAAAGCAAUUGCGUAGUGGUUAAUGCACAGCAGAGCGAGGCUAUAAUGCACUGAUGGUGUGUGUGCUUGCUGCCCUGUGGAGCUGGCUGGGUGGUGGGGAUGGGCUGUGGCUGCUCCCUGGGCAGCAUAUGUGGUGCCAGGGAUGCCACCUGCCAGCAGCUCCCUGAGCACGGCCGGCACAGGCAACUGGUGGGUCCCAGCUGGCACUGGCCUGUCCCAGGCUCUCCUGUGGGGUUUUGUGCCGCCCCACAGUGCUGCUGUCCCCUGUGCAGCCUCGAGCUGCAGGUGGUCCCUGGAUGCUGCACCCCACCUCCCUGCAGGCUCAGCUCAAGCAGGGGACAUGGAGAGGGUCACUGUCCUGUUGUCCCCCCUAACCUUGCACUGGGAUGUGGUUGUGGAUGCCACCCCUGGGACUGGGGUGCAUGUACCUGAUCACAGUCUUGUCCCCCAAACCCUGUCACCUCCAUGGGCCCAAGGAGCGGGUGGGGGACGUGGCUGCAGUCCCCAGCCCUGAGUCAGCUGCAUUAGUGAAUGUUUGACACAAUUAUGUUGUAG